AUGGCCUGCUGUAGCGUCUGCAAGAAAAGCGAACCGGAGGUUUCCCUCAAACGCUGCGCGAAAUGCUCUUCCGGAGCUUACUGUUCCAGGGAGUGCCAAAAGAACGACUGGAAGCAGCACAAAAAGAUUUGCGGCAAGGCAUCUUCUGCAUCUUCCCAAGCGACUGAGAGCAGCGGAUCACCACCAAAGGGACUCGAUCAGCCUAUCCCUGAUCCAUUUACUCGGCUGGACAAUGGAACAUAUCUGCACAAUCGCCCUGAGAAGGAUGUCUAUCGCCUUCUCAUCGACUGUUACCGCCUACGUGUCGAGGACAUGUACAAAAUCGAGGGCGAGGUGAUGGAAGAUAGCCUGUACAGUGGUGCCGGGGAUGGAUCGGUUGGUUUCCAAGAGUUCCUUGACGACAUCUCGGAUAAAAAGGGACUUCUUCCUUCCUGGUGGACACCCGAGAAGGAGAGAGAGUGCGAAGAGUUCGGCAUGAACUCGUCAUGGCAUAAUUUGAAGUUUGCGAUUGUAAAAUCCGAUAUCAUUGAACACUACGGAGAUCCCCAGUUUCCCAUGCAGCUUCGUAUGCUGGGUGAGGCAGUCUACGGCGAAGCCCCUGGUGGAGCUGAUGGUACAGCUAUGAGAAAGAUGCUGGUUUCAAUGGAGGCGGGUGGCAUGGAUGGAAUGGCUGCCACUCUGCUUGAUAUUUCUCGUUCCCGAUAA